AUGAACCUAGACGUGUCUUUCGUACGUUCAUACAUUGUGCCAGUUCCAUCAUCAGGCCAUCAUCAACAUUUAUCUUCAUCAAGUUCAAAUGCUAAUUAUCAAAAAUUAUUACAGCGUCGUCAAGAUUUAUGUAGUUCAGCUAAAAAACGACCAGACAUAACAACAACAUUUGAUCAAACAAUAACAUUUAUUGAACAAUUAAAACGUAAUCAACAUAAAUCAGUAGUAGAUAUAAAUCAUUUAUCAACACAGAUACCUCAAGAGAAUAGUAACGAUAAAAAAACUUUAACACCACAAGAUUUAAGUUAUCAACUUAAUGUAAAACUUGAAUAUCUCAUACGAACACGUGUUAUUGAACGACAUCGUGUUAUUACUCGAACAACUAUUUUACCAAGAACACCAAAUAAGUCAAGAAUAACACCAGUAAUAACACCAAGAGACAGUUACAAUAGGACAACACUAUCAGAUAUCAGUCAAUCAAGUCAAAAACAUGUUGUUUCGGCAUCGACUACAACAACAAAUACGACAAUAUUACAGGAUGAUCUUGUUGAUAAAGAUUCAUAUGAAGAAAACGAUGAGAUUUUUGAGGAGUUGGUUGAAGAAGAAAAUAUUAAUUUUUUACAACAACAACCGACACUGGAUAAAGAUCCAUUUGAAAUGGAAGAUGAAGAAUAUGAAGCUGAACUUGAAGAAGAAUCACUUCGUAGUUCAGAAAGUGAACUUGAUGCAGAUAAUUCAUUUCCACUCGAUCCAGCUCUACUUCUCUCCGAUAAAACUCGUCGAGUUGGUAAUACAGAAGUUAAAUCUGGUCUCAUACCAAGUUUAUUUAGUAAUGUUCCACCAACUAUUCGAUUUUGUACAGAAAAUCAACGAAUUGAACCACUUCCAUUACCAUUAAGAAAAAUGAUGAAAUGGAAAAUGAGUACAAUAACACCAAAUGUUGUUAAAAAUACUGUAACACGUUCUGGUUUUCGUUUAAUUAGCAGUGAUGAGGGUAAUGAUUGGCUGGGUACAUGGUCACGUCAUAUGAAACCAAUAUGUUUUAAAGCAAUUCGUGAAUAUCAAAAGGUCAAUCAUUUUCCGGGUUCAUUUCAAAUUGGCCGAAAAGAUCGUUUAUGGAGAAAUUUAUCACAUAUGCAAGCUGUACAUUCAAGACGUGAAUUUGAUUUUGUGCCACAAACAUUUGUCUUACCUGCUGAUCUCUUAUUAUUUAAACGUGUAUUUGAAGAAAUAACAGAUACUAAAGAAUCAAAAUGGAUUAUUAAACCACCAGCUAGUGCUCGAGGGCAAGGUAUUCGAGUCAUUAGUAAAAUGGAACAUGUGCCUAAAAAACGUCCAGUCAUUGUACAAAAAUAUAUUGCUAAUCCAUAUUUAAUUAAUGGACAUAAAUUCGAUUUAAGACUUUAUGUUUAUGUUACAUCACAUGAUCCAUUACGAAUUUAUCUUUUUGAUGAUGGUUUAGCUCGAUUUGCUUCGAGAAAAUAUUCUGCAGCAGUUAAAUCAUUAAGUGAUCGUUUUAUGCACUUAACAAAUUAUUCAAUUAACCGUUAUAAUAGUGAAUAUAGAACAAAUAAUGAUUCAGCUGCAUGCACUGGACAUAAAUGGAGUUUAAAAGCUUUGUGGACAUAUUUGAAAAAACGUGAUGUUGAUGUAGCAGAAAUUAUGGAAAAAAUUAAAGAUUUAAUUAUUAAAACAAUUAUUAGUGCUGAUGCAUACAUUAAUGUAUUAACAAAAGCAAAUGUUCGACGAAAAUUUAGUGUUCAUGAACUUUUCGGUUUUGAUGUUAUACUUGAUGAACAAUGUAAACCAUAUAUUGUUGAAGUAAAUAUUUCUCCAAGUUUGCAUUCAAAUUCACCAUUAGAUAUAAGUGUAAAAGGUGCGAUGAUAAGUGAUUUACUUAAUUUAAGUGGUUAUAUGAUACCUGAUCGAAGAGAUACUUUAUAUGAAGGUUCAGCACGACGAAAACCAAAAUUACCAAAAAGUCUUAUAUUCGAUCGUCGAGUUCUUCCACAAGGAUUAUCAACAGAUGAAAAACUUAAACAUCAAUAUUUUGCUCAACGUUAUCAUGAUGAACAAGCCCGAAGAAAUAUUCUUGAUGUUUUAACACCCGAUGAUUUAAGAAUUCUAAUUGAAACAGAAGAUGAAUUUGCACGACGUGGUUCAUUUGAACGUAUUUUUCCAACAAAUCAAACACGAAAAUAUUUAAAAUAUUUUGAAACACCUCGUUAUUAUAAUCUUCUCUUAAAUGAAUGGAUUAUAAAAUAUAAUCGAAUGGAAGAACGAGGUAUCACAUAUUUAAACACAUUUUGUAAAAAAGGAAUUCAUUUACAACAUCCAGCUAUUGAUCCAAAUCAAAUGUGGACGCAAUAUCAAAAACUUCAAGGGCAUUUAUCUCAUCGGGAUAAUGACAAUACAAAUACAAAUGGUUCUUAG